AUGGGAUGCAUUUGUGGAAAACCAGAUCUGGAAAUUGGAACGCAGCAAUAUCAGAUCAUAAAAUCAUUCGCUAAAGGGCAUGUUCACGAUUUAUAUGUUAUAAUAUCAAACAUAGGCUUCAGUCAAUUAUUUUUGGUAGAAGAAUAUAGAAGUGGUAAUAAGCGGGCAUUAAAACGAAUUGAUUGCUUCUCGAAGAAAGAUGUUGAACGUGUAAGGAAUGAGAUUGAUGUACAGCGUCGAUUUGGAUUGCAUCCGAAUAUUUUAUCAUUAGAAUGUUUUGCAGAUGAAGAAAUUCCUAGUGGUCUUCGCUUUUCUUUAAUUUUUGUCUUUUAUAAGCGUGGUAGCCUUCAAGAUGAACUAACAUUUCGCCGUUCAUGUUCUGAUUAUAUCAGUGAAGAACGAGUUAUACGUCUUUUCUCUCAAAUUGCUUCAGCUAUAAAUUUAAUGCAUUCAUCUUCACCACCCAUUGCUCAUAGAGAUAUAAAGCCAGCUAAUAUAUUGUUGUCUGACGAUGACCGUCCAAUUUUGAUGGAUUUUGGUAGUUGUUUUGAGUGUCCAAUUAUAAUUAAUAAUGGAAAAGAAUCAAGAUUGCAGCUGGAUGAAGCUGGUGAGUUGUGUUCAAUGCCUUACCGAGCUCCAGAACUUUUUGUUUGUGAAGUUGGCUCGAUAAUAGAUCAGUCUGUGGAUAUUUGGGCUCUUGGUUGCCUUUUAUUUGCCUUAUGUUUUUUUCGUUCACCAUUUGAUGAUAUUCAUGAACGUGGGGAUAGUAUCGCUCUUGCCGUUCAGUCGGGGAAAAUUACGUAUAAUAAAAAUCAUCCAUACACUGCAAAAAUUUUGAAUGCAAUUCAUGCAAUGAUAACUGUUGAUCCCAAGGAUCGUCCCAGCAUUACUUCAGUACUUGAAAUGUUAAAAUAG